AUGGUGUCACGACUUUCGAGCAUCGCCUUUUGGGCGGUUGCUCUUUGCUUCUUGUGUUUUGUAACCUUGAGCAAUGCUGAUACGCCUCGUCACCCUUACGCCCAACCAGAUCGCAUCAACCGUCGUUCUGUCAUCACCAAGGCUCCCGAAUGGACCAAGAAGAUUGUCAUGAGCCCGGGUCACCAGAACCCUGCCGAGGCCCCCCCGAACCCCACUGAAGAUCUUGAGCUCUCCAGCGACUCAGGUGUCAGCCUCGACCAAUACUACAAGGAUGCUCAGAAUGCUACUGAGUCUUCUGCUGGCGUUACCCCCAACAAGUCUGGUCUCUCGCGCCGUUCUCUCGAGAAGCGCGGUGACGGUCCCCUCUACUGCAAGGACCGUAAAUGCCCUGACGACAGCUGCUGUGGUCCCAAGGGCAUCUGCGGUUAUGGACCUGACUACUGUGGCAAGGGAUGCACAUCAAACUGUGAUGCUAAGGCCAUGUGUGGAGAGUAUAGUGAAGAGGGUGAGAUGCCUUGUGGCAUGAACCUCUGCUGUUCUGCCACUGGUUGGUGCGGUACCACCGAAGUCUUCUGCGAUAACGCCGAUCCCCUACACAAGACCCUGCCCUGCCAAGCCGGUUACGGAGGCUGCAACAUCGUCUCAUCUCCUUCAUGCGCAAAGGGAAGUGGCAGCACAAGCGGACGAACGAUCGGAUACUAUCAAUCGUGGAACGUCCGCGCUCGCAAAUGCGACACCAAGACGCCCAAGCAGCUCGAUACCAAAGGCUUCACCCAUCUGUUCUACUCCUUCGCCUUUAUCGACCCCGUCUCUUUCAAGGUCACUCCUGCUCACAACGACGAUGUUAAGCAGAUGCGCGAGUUCACCGACUUGUCCAAGGGCGGCAAGCUCAAGACUUGGAUUGCCAUCGGUGGUUACGAUAUGAGCAACGAGAAUACACCUACCCAUACUACCUGGAGCGACAUGGUGUCUACCAAGGCCAACCGAGCUGCCUUUAUCGAGUCAGUUCGCGAUUACAUGGAUGAGUAUGGAUUCACUGGUGUUGAUCUCGAUUGGGAGUACCCUGGUGAGCCUAAGCGCGGUGGUCGUAAGCUUGCUGAUACUCGGAACCUCUCCAUGCUGCUCAAGGAGAUGCGCGCCGCAUACGGUUCCAAGUACGGUAUUAGCUUGACUUUGGCGCCUGACUAUUGGUAUCUCCGCUGGUUCGAUGCUAAGGCAAUGGAGCCUUAUGUUGAUUUCUUUGGAUUCAUGGCUUAUGAUCUCCACGGAUCCUGGGACUCGGACGUUUUGACCCUCGGCAAGAUCAUUCGCGGACAAUCCGAUAUCCGUGAAAUCCACAACAACACUAUCCCUCUCUGGUUUGCAGGCCUCGAUCCCAAGAAGAUCAACUUCGGUCUUGCCAUGUAUGGUCGCGGUUACACUGUAGCCGACAAGAGCUGCAACGGUCUUGGAUGUUCCUUUGCUGGUCCCAGCAAGAAGGGAGAGUGCACUGACUCUGAUGGUGUCAUGUCUCUGGGUGAGAUCAAGAACCUCAUCAAGAACAAGGGCGUCAAGUCAACAUACCUGAAGGACUCUAUGAUGAAGCAAAUUGCUUGGGAUGAUCAAUGGAUUGGAUAUGAUGACGAAGAGACCUUUGCCGCCAAGAAGGCCUGGGCCGAUGGUUUCUGCUUUGGAGGUACUAUGGUGUGGAGCAUUGAUUUCCAAGAGCAGUAUGUCAUGUCCACCCCGGUGGUUUUUUUUGAGAUAGCUGACACAACCGCAGGCCCGAUGACAAUGACAGCGACAAUGGCAUCGGCAAUGGCGGCGGCAAUGCCAGCGACAAUAGCGGCGACCAGGGCCCCAUCAAGGGCCCUGGUAGUGGCAGUGGUAGCGGCAGCGGCAGCAGCGAUUCUGACGAUGACGCUCAUAUGA